AGAAACUAUGGUAGCAAAUAAGAAUCUUAAACUGUCUUAAAUUCAAUACAUUUUACACUAGUUCAUUUUUUUUUACUCCGUUUGCCCUUUGUGCAAACAUCCAACCCUCAGUGGGGUGUUUGACGGUUUGACCCAUAAUAUUUAUUAAACAUGCAACGAUUUAAUCAAUUCAUGUUUAGACAUAUGAGUAAUGUUUAACGAAUAUGAAUACAACUUUCGUUUAGUCGAUCAAUGUAUCUCCGAGUUCAUUGCAAAACGCUAUUUUGACUUUUAUUGGAUUUUUAGUUUUUGACGGUGCUGCAACUGUCGCUACGUUUUUGCGCCUCUGUUCGCUGCUUUACGGUAGUGGUACUGAUGCGGGAUGAGUCAGGCUAUGUGGUGGAGGGGACGACGAUGAUGAUGGUGGUGAUGAUGAUGAUGAUGCCAUUUCAUCAGCACAGUGAAACCAUCGCAAACACUGAGAUGUCUUCCCGGGAUUCCCCACAGACAGUCUGCGCCCCUGUUUCACCAAACUACCGACAAAACAGGCGCAACUGAGCCGCGUUCGCGCCUCCACCCGCGGCCGCUCCGUGUUUUUUCCGGCUGCGUUUCUUUUAUCUUCUCUCGGCUUUCGGCCAGGCCUGAACCACACACACACAUACACACACACGAGUUCGGGGCCUAUUUUCUGCAUUUGUCUCCUCCAGACUCCGCCAUCUGGACCACAUCUAACCCAUUGGGUUAAAUCAGUUAUUGUAGUCGCUGUUUUGCUGCGGGACCCUCUCCUACAGCCACCCAUUCAUCCACCCAGAUCCUUCGGUGCCAUGGAGCCAACGCCGGCCUGGUCCUGAGGAGUGUGGGAGUAGCAGAGAAAGCAGUCCGACUGUUACAGUCCUCUUCAGUCCUGAUCCACCGCCCACAGCGCCACAGACGCCGAUAGUGAACGGCAGCGACAGACAGGAGGACGGACGGAGACAUGGAGGCCAUCUGGCUCUACCAGUUCCGGCUGAUCGUCAUCGGGGACUCCACGGUAGGGAAGUCGUGUCUGAUCCGCAGGUUCACCGAGGGUCGCUUCGCUCAGGUCUCCGAUCCCACGGUCGGCGUGGACUUCUUCUCCCGCCUGGUGGAGAUCGAGCCCGGAAAGAGGAUCAAGCUGCAGAUCUGGGACACGGCGGGUCAAGAGCGAUUCAGGUCCAUCACCAGGGCCUACUACCGCAACUCUGUGGGUGGGCUCCUUCUGUUUGACAUCACCAACCGCCGCUCCUUCCAGAACGUCCACGACUGGCUGGAGGAAGCUCGAAGCCACGUCCAACCACACAGCAUCGUCUUCCUGCUGGUGGGACACAAGUGUGACCUGGAAGCACAACGCCAGGUGACCCGUCAGGAGGCAGAGAAGUUGGCUGGGGCGUAUGGGAUGCGAUACAUCGAGACAUCGGCCCGUGACGCCAUCAACGUGGAGCACGCCUUCACUGAGCUGACCAGGGAUAUCUUUGCCUUGGUGCGGUCCGGCGACAUCACGAUUCAGGAGGGUUGGGAGGGGGUGAAGAGUGGGUUCGUGCCCAAUGUGGUUCACUCCUCGGAGGAGGUGACGAAGAGUGACCGCCGCUGUCUUUGUUGAUCUGGAACCUAAAUGACGGUACUGAAGGUGAAGGAAGGAAUCAAAAGGAAAAUGACUGACGGACUGCGGCAUUGGCCCCGUGAUGGAAACCUUUGCACCGUCUCAUGUUUUUUCUUUGAUAAUUGGUGGAUAGGCUGAAGGAUUCAACAGAGGAACAUCGUCGGCAUGGGAUGGAAGGCUGAAGCAACAUGUCUACUUCCAUAUACAUGUUACUAGGUCCAGAGGAAGCACACAGAUGCUCGUCCCCGUGUGAGAGCUCCCAUGAUUCAUGAUCUUUUUCUCAUGGCAGAUUUCUUGCUGGAAAUCCCUUCCAGUCUGGGCCUCAGAAAUAUAAUCUGUUUCAGUCCAUCACCACAACAAAACAACUCUCUUUCUGUCAUCACUCUGUCUCCCAUCAUGCCUUUCUUCACCUCUCAUUUCCACAAUAACUCCAGGUUUCCUCUCCUCCAAUAUGCAACUACAUGGUGGGCCUUUUUAUUUUUCUGUAGUGUCACCCUCUUAAAUCACAUCUCCUUCUGGACAAAUUGCACCACAUUCCACUGUAAGAGAUCAAUUGAGGAAUCAGAGGAUACAGUGGAUGUUCUUCUUAGAUCUUUCCUGUUGUCUGCAGUACACUCUGAUGACACUGGAUGCACAGUUACACCUGCUUGUUAUCAUCUGGUUUGUAACAGACUCCUUCGGUGUGUAUACAGUCUAACAGAACAAGAAUUUUCAGACUGUCUUAACCAUUUCUGACUCUGUCACUUUAAGUGGAAACUUGCUUAAGUGGUCUUAUAGUAAUGUGGGAGCUGGGAAGUAUCUUUUGAGGUUGGACCUCCUGAACAGUGGAGCUCCAGCCGGUUAUUUGAAUGGUAGUAUUAAGAAAACAUAGCAUUGUUCAGAAGCUGAAGACGAAUCAAGCAGACAACAUGGAGGGAGAACAUGAUGAAUUUAUGACAGAGAGACUCAGCCGUGCACCAACAAAGAUGGACAAGACUGUAACAUAAAGCCAUGAGAGUCAGUGCAGCAAAAUGACACAACACAGAUACAGGCACAGGGACACUACAAGCUAACAUUUAUUUUGGAGUAUGUUGAUUUCGCGCCUUCUCUGGAACUUCUGGAUAUUGUUUUUGGUUCUGUUCUUUAAUGUGUUAGAGUUACCACUGACCAUGUUGAUAAAUGUUACAGAUACAGUAAAUAAAUCUGCGGUCAGUGGAGCAUUUGUAAGUGCAGGUGGCAGUAUCACCCACUGGACAUGGUAAGAUGUCAGUGAUUCUUAUACUAGAGGAUGGCACCGCCCCAGAUGGGUUAUGAGUCACAGAAAUGUGCGACCUGGAUGAUUUUUGUCAAAUAUAAUUAGAAAAAAUGGUUAAAAAAACAAAGAAUAGAAUAUUGUGAACCAAAAUUGGAAAAAUAAAACAAUAUCUUGAUCUUAUUUAGUGAGGUUUUAAUCAAACUUGUUUUUUUUACAGUUGCCAAAAAUAAAUGUAACAUUUUAAUCAGUUUAUCUCUAAAAAGGAUUCUGCCAGGACAGAUAGUUUCAAGCCAUUUCUAUAAGAUACACCUGACAAAUCUUUUCCUUUGCGAUUGUAUACAAAAUUAGAUUAUUAUCCACAAGGCCACAUGUGAUCAGUCCCUCAUCCUGAAGCAUGCUGUUGGGGUGAAAAUCAUGAUUUCCUGCUGUUGGUGUAACUUUUUAUUCACAUGAACAGUGAUCGUACACUUCCUCUUUACAAUUCCUCUUUAGCUGUACAGACUCUACUGUAUAACACGGUUCAAAAACCUUCCUGGUAAAAGCCGACAGUUUCUCUUCCUCUCCUCUAGUAAUCUAUCUACCCACCAAAAAUGUACUGAAAAAAUAAAAACGUGACUGGAAAAAUAA